UGGUUGGUAUGUCCUAAAUUGUGCGACAACAGUGAAGAUCGUGAACGACAAGAUGGUUAAGAUGUCGGAUUCGGAGGGGAGCAAUUUUUCGGACAAUGAAAGCGAAAGGGGAAGUAACCAACAAUCUGACAGUGAUGUUGAAGAGGUGAGAUCUGAUGCAGGGUCUGGUGAUGAGGACCAGCAGUCCAGGUCUGGGUCUCCAUCAAGAUCCAGUGCCAAAUCACGUUCUGUGUCCAGGUCAAGGUCACGAUCUCCGUCACGGUCACGCUCUCAUUCGCCAUCACAAUCCAGAUCAAGGUCCAGGUCUGUGUCACGUUCUAGAUCCCGGUCUAGAUCCAGAUCACGAUCUCAUUCUGAAGAAGAUGAUGAACGUAGAUCUGAUGAUCAGCGAGAUGAUGAAGCAGAAGAAGUAAGGCCUGGUGAAGAGGAGGAUGAAGAAAUUGAAGAUGAGCAAGAACCUGAAGGAGAAGAUUUGAAUUCUGAGGAUGAGGAUGAAUAUGACGAAGAAGAAGAGGAAGAGGAAGAUGACCGUCCACGUAAAAAGAAAAAAAAGGACCGGUUUGGAGGAGGGUUUAUCAUAGAUGAAGCCGAGGUGGAUGACGAGGUUGAAGAUGAAGACGAGUGGGAGGAAGGAGCGCAGGAAAUUGGCAUAAUUGGGAAUGAGUUUGAUGAACAUGGUCCUACUGCGAGGGAAAUUGAAGGGCGUCGUCGUGGGACCAGUCUCUGGGACUCUCAGAAGGAAGAUGAAAUUGAAGAGUACCUCAGAAAGAAAUAUGCUGAUGAAUCUGUCCCAAUGCGACACUUUGGUGAUGGAGGUGAAGAAAUGUCUGAUGAAAUCACCCAGCAGACCCUCCUUCCUGGAGUGAAGGAUCCAAAUCUGUGGAUGGUGAAGUGCCGCAUUGGAGAAGAAAAGGCAACUGUAAUGCAUAUGAUGCGGAAGUUCAUCGCAUACCAAUUCAGCAAUGAGCCGUUACAGAUCAAGUCUGUGAUUGCUCCAGAGGGUGUCAAAGGAUAUGUUUAUAUUGAAGCAUAUAAGCAGCCCCAUGUGAAGCAAGCAAUUUUAAAUGUCAGCAAUUUGAGAAUGGGGCAGUGGACUCAGCAGAUGGUGCCUAUCAAGGAAAUGACAGAUGUUCUCCGAGUGGUGAAAGAACAGACUGGUCUCAAAGUGAAGCAGUGGGUUCGCCUUAAACGGGGACUGUACAGAGAUGAUAUAGCCCAAGUUGACUAUGUGGAUCUUGCCCAAAACCAAGUCCAUUUGAAACUGUUGCCACGCAUUGAUUAUACCCGUUUUAGAGGAGCCCUUCGUACUACUCAGUCUGAGAAUGAAGCUGCCAAAAGGAAGAAGAAACGUCGCCCACCUCCUAAACCAUUUGACCCAGAGGCCAUCAGAAAUAUUGGUGGAGACGUGGCUUCAGAUGGAGACUUCCUUAUAUUUGAGGGCAACCGUUAUUCAAGGAAAGGCUUCUUGUAUAAAAAUUUCACCAUGAGUGGAAUCAUAGCAGAUGGAGUGAAACCUACAUUGUCAGAGCUUGAGCGGUUUGAAGAGGCCCCAGAAGGCAUUGAUAUUGAGUUGCCUAGCACUGGUGCUGGAGGAAAAGAUGAUGUGACUUCUCACAGUUUCUCAGCUGGUGACAAUGUGGAAGUUUGUGAAGGAGAAUUGGCAAACCUACAUGGAAAGAUAUUGGCCAUAGAUGGCAAUGUCAUCACAGUCAUGCCAAGACAUGAAGAGCUUCAUGAACCACUAGAAUUCCAAGCCAGUGAACUGAAGAAGUAUUUUAGACAUGGUGAUCAUGUGAAAGUGCUGUCAGGUCGAUAUGAGGGCGACACAGGUCUGAUUGUUCGAGUAGAAGAAAACCGUGUCGUGUUAUUUUCGGACCUGACGAUGCAUGAGCUGGAAGUACUGCCAAAGGAUGUCCAGCUCUGUUCUGAUAUGGCUACUGGAGUUGAUUCUCAGGGACAGUUCCAGUGGGGUGAUUGUGUUCAGAUAGACCCCCAAACUGUGGGUGUAAUUGUUAGGCUCGAACGAGAGAACUUCCAUGUUCUUAAUAUGCAAGGCAAAGUGGUAGAGGCAAGACCCCAAGCACUUCAGAAAAGGAAGGAUUCAAGAUAUGCUGUAGCCCUAGACUCUGAACAGAAUACCAUACAGAAAAAGGACAUUGUCAAAGUCAUUGACGGGCCACAUGCAGGUCGAGCAGGUGAAAUCAAACAUCUGUACCGUAAUUUUGCAUUCCUACACUCCAGAAUGUACCUUGACAAUGGUGGAAUAUUUGUGUGCAAGACCAGGCAUCUUCAGUUGGCUGGCGGUGCUAAGGUUGCCAUGUCACCAGGUGGAGGUACCUUUGGAGGAUUUAUGUCUCCUCGUAUUACUUCUCCCCUACAUCCCUCUGGAGCAGGACGUGGUGGAGGUGGUGGAGGUCGAGGCCGUGGUCGUGGUGGUGCAGGUGUUAGACGUGACAGAGAAUUAAUUGGUCAGACUAUCAAAAUCACAGGUGGUUUUUACAAAGGGAAUGUUGGUAUUGUGAAAGAUGCAACUGAAUCAACAGCUCGAGUUGAAUUGCAUUCUACCUGCCAGACAAUAUCUGUGGAUCGAUCACACAUUGCGACUGUUGGGGUACCUACAAAGGAAGGCUCCUUCAGCUCGUACAGUCGCACUCCAGCAUAUGGCGGUGGAAAUCAAACACCAAUGUACAGGGAGGGUAGCAAGACACCAAUGCAUGGUUCACAGACUCCCAUGUAUGAUGCUGGAUCGCGAACACCGCAUUAUGGGAGCAUGACGCCAUCGCAUGAUGGCUCACGUACACCAGGACAGUCAGGAGCCUGGGAUCCAAGCAUUACUAAUACUCCUGCAAGGAACAAUGACUUUGAUGGAUACUCUCUGGAUGAGGCAUCACCCUCACCUAACUAUAACCCCA